AUGUCUAUUCAGUGGGGAGCUCAAUACCCCAAGCUAAAAACAAAUCUCCGGCUUGCCGUAAACAGAUUGAAGAUGAUGGGCAAGAAAAAGACAGAAAUGGCCAUGAAGGCACGAACUGAAAUCGCAGAUUUCAUUUCAAUUCAUAAAGAGGACAGAGCUCGUAUAAGGGUAGAGCAUAUUAUUCGUGAAGAUUUUCUGGUUGAGGCUUAUGAGAUUCUUGAAAUGUUCUGUGACCUUCUCUUGGGAAGAUUUGGUUUGAUCGAACAGAUGAAAGUGCUCGAUGAUGGAAUAGCUGAAGCGGUCAUUAGUAUCCUUUGGGCUGCUCCCCGAGUCGCUUGUGAUAUCCCAGAGUUCAAGAUAAUUAGCGAUCAAUUGACCACGAAGUAUGGAAAACCUUUCGCUGAAGCAGCCCGUGGUAACCAACUCGAUUAUCCAGCUAAAGUGAACCCUAAGUUGAUUCAAAAGCUGAGUGUUUCAGCUCCUCCAAAGCUCUUAGUUGAAAGAUAUUUGAUUUUGAUCUCCGACGCCGCCGGUAUUCCAUUCACUCCUGAUCCAGAUGUCAUGCGUGAAGAUGAAAUUGCUCAAGCUGAGAAGUUGUUAAUAGAUUUCAAGAAUGCGGGUGAAUUGACUAAUCCAACUCCAAACCCCCCUUAUGGAUGGAGUAAUGUAAUGCAACCAGGACCUCCUCCCAAUGUUGGGCUUCCCAUGCCCCCUAAUUCAAAUGAUUUCUUUGGGCAGGACCCAAAUGAUAAGAAGGGAGGAAACAACGGAGGAAGCGGUAACGGUGGUGGUAACAUCUACGAGGUUCCACGGGAUCGCUCCAAUAGAAAUCACGAGUAUGCUGAACCUCCCGGCGAGUAUCCUACACAGCCUCAAACUUUCAACGACAUUCCUCCUGUAGGCCAGUUUCAACUGCCGAAAAUUGGGCCUAACGGGGUUCCUGUUUAUCCGAACGAUGCCUCCUAUCCACCACUAAGUCAAAGAAACUCCGUCGUCAUGCCCCAUGACAAGAGUGGUGGCGCAAGCGCUCCUCAGCCUUCUUCCAAGAACUCUUUGGAGUCGGAAUUUACACUUCCUGAUCCUCCAACUGACUUCAAUCAUACCAACAAUGGUGGAGGUAAUGGCGGAAUCGGAGGAAGUUUGAAUCUCGAUUUCGACGAGUUGGCCAAGAGGUUUGAUCAACUUAAAGGAAAACCAUGA